UCGCAAGCCACGCUACUAUUACUACAGCUGCUGCUGCUGUUUCAACGCUACGCCGUCGUGCUGGGUAGUCGCAACAUCCCGAUCCUAACACCAUCCCUCCUCUCGACCAGUCGAUCAGCAUUCCCACCGAAUUUUCCUCUCCUUAGACACGAUCUACCUGCUUCAUCUCCUCCAAAAACCCACCCUUCCGUUCUUUACAUGACAGCGUCCCGCCCGUCGUCACCCUCUCUCUCUCUCUCUACGCUCCGAAACCCACACUGUGGACAUAACAUCAAACCUCCCAAUCUUGCAAAGAAGGGCCACGGUAGUAGGGAAACGAAAUAUCACCAGCCGUGGUCGUGAUCGUGAUCGUGAUCGUGGCUUCUUGGGUUUAUAUCACAUUUACUAUCUGAAUCAGCCCUGCCCCCGGGGCUCGUUGUGUCGGGUUUACAAAUCAUGGCGACUUCCAAUAACGCCCCCUCAGUCGCAUCAUCAUCAUCAUCAUCAACAACAACUGCUGGCAGUCUCGUUGAUGCGUCCGGGUAUAAAUUCUCCGAGAAGGAUGUGAAGCCGGGGAAGAUCAAGUUGAAGAAGUCGGCGAAGUUGGGGGGUAGGAAGAAGGCCGAUGAACCCCCCGCCUCCCCCGGCUCAUCCCCGAUUCUUCCGGAGAUCGACGAAAAGACUAUGGCCGCCUUCCCGACGGGCAAACCGCGAGAAGAAGAUCAUCUGGAGACGGUCAUCUGUAAGACCUGCAAGAGGCCGGUCCUCAAGCAGAACGCCGUGGAACACAUCCGCGGCUGUAUUCGAGCGAAGCAGGAGAAGGCGCGCCAGCGGAAGGAGGCGCGCGAUGCGGCCAAUCGGGCCAAGGCCGGCGAUAAGGAUGAUACCGAGGAGGUGGGCGUGGGCGGCGCCGGCGCCGGACCCGGCGGGGAGAAAGGGGACGGUGGAGAGGAUUCGUCGAUGAAGGGGCAGAAGGGCGCCAAGAAGAGCGCCGUCAAGGGGAUGGCGGCGGAGAUCGGGGCGAAGAAGGGCACGAAGCGGAAGACGGAGGCCGGGGAUGGCGACGACAAGGAUAGCAAGGAGCAGCCCAAGACGAAGAAGAAAAAGAAGGAAGAGCCCAAACCGAAGACCGCUAAACCGAAGGGCCCCGUGGAUGUCGAGAAACAGUGCGGUGUUACUCUGCCCAAUGGGGCCCAGUGUGCGCGCUCUUUGACUUGUAAGAGCCAUUCGAUGGGUGCGAAGAGAGCGGUCCCUGGACGUUCCUUGCCAUACGACAUGUUGCUGCAGGCGUAUCAGAAGAAAAAUCAGGCGAGGCAGCAGAAGGCUGCUAUCGACGCCAACGCCCCGCUGCAGGACGAGCAAGAUAAUAACGGUCCGGUCGACUCGGAUGAAGAAAAGGAUGCCGUGAUGGCGGCGAUUACGCGCUCACAUCCACAGCCCCUUGUCAGUCACACCUUGAUCUCGACCAAAAAGAAGUACCAGUAUGUGCGCAUCAAAGAGAUGCUGUCCCAUGCCCUGGGCGGCUCGCGCGGCGGUGGCCUCUUCUCGACCGGCGACCAUACCUCAUCUGCGCCUUCUCUCUUCUCCCAUGGGAAUCUAUUCACCCCGGUGGACGAAGUCAACAUGGCUUUACCGGUCUCUGCAACCGUGCCGGAUAAUGCGACAGAUGCUGAUGCGAAAACCCCGGCGGCACCUGCACCCAAGAAACUUUCCGUGGCAGCAAGCUCGUCGCUGCCCAUUGGUUUAUCAAGGGGGUUACAAACGGCGAUGGGUCAGCGGUUGGAGGCAUGGACGGAUAUUGUCACACUCUACAGACAGUCCAAAAGAACCCCAUCGCCCCGCCCACCUCAACUCCGAUCCGUCCAUUGUCGAGUCCACCUCACCCGAUUAAAUCCCGAUCCCGCCUCGCCCUUUCCUACGUACCAACCUACCUACGCACCCACCACCCCGCCCUUCUCUGCCUCCAGCUGCAAGAUGGGAAACUCGGUUCCCGACCUCGACGCGGUCGGCGUGAAAGCCGAACCGGAGCUGGCCGACAUGCUCCGGCGCGAGGUCGCUAGUCUUCUGGGGCGCAACAACCUGAACUUUCCCGGAGCGCAGCCGGUCAGUUUCGCGACGCGACAUCUCACCGAACUCCAGCGGGAGGACUACUACGUCUGCGAGAAGACGGACGGCAUCCGAUGCCUGAUGUACUUUGCGCACGGGGAACCGGACUCGGACACGCCGGAGGUGCACUACUUGAUCGACCGCAAGAACGACUACCGGUGGGUGCCUGGGCUGCACUUCCCGCUGCCCGGCGAUGAUACCUUCCGGCAGUUCCACGUGAAUACGAUCGUGGACGGCGAGCUCGUGAACGACACCUACGAGGACGGGACGCAGCAGCUGAAAUUCCUGGUCUUUGACUGCCUGGUGCUGGACGGGCAGCCGCUGAUGCACCGCACGCUCGACAAGCGGCUGGCCUACUUCAAGGAGAAGGUGCUGCGGCCGUACAACGCCAUGUACCGCAAGUUCCCGGAGGAGAUCCCGCACCGCACGUUCACGGUGGAGGACAAGUCGACGCAGUUCAGCUACGGGAUCGAGAUGAUGUUCCGCGAGAUCAUCCCCAAGGUCAAGAAGAUCCACGGCAACGACGGGCUGAUCUUCACGUGUCGGAGCACCCCGUACAAGAUCGGCACCGACGAGCACAUCCUGAAGUGGAAGCCGCCGGCGGAGAACACCAUCGAUUUCCGCAUGAGGCUGGAGUUCCCGCUGCUCGAGCCGGACACCGACGACGAGGCCGAGGGGGUCCUGGAGCCGUACGCGGACUACGAGGCGAUGCCCAUCUUCCAUCUUUUCGUGCUGCUGCGCGCCAACGAGUACCAGCCCUUCGGGGAGAUGUUCGUCACGCCGGACGAGUGGGAGGCGAUGAAGGCGCUGGGCCAGCCGCUGGAUGAUACGAUCGUCGAAUGCGCCAAGGAUGACCAGGGCCGGUGGCGGUUCCAUCGGCUGCGGGAUGAUAAGUCGGACGCGAACCACAUCUCGACGGUGGAGAAGGUCCUGGAGAGUAUCCAGGACCGGGUCACGGAGGAGGACCUCAUCCGCAUGGCGCCCGCAAUCAAGACGGCGUGGAAGAAGCGGCAGGCGUUGCAGGAGGAGGAAGCGCGCAAACGACACCGACAAGCUCCUGGGGGCGGUGGACCCCCGAACGGCCACAACGGGGUCAAGAGGAAAUUCGAGGAGUGAUGGUCAUUCUUGUGUUGUUCUUUUCAUCUAUGAUUCUGACUCUCCCGCGGUCGAUGAGCUUCUUACUACUCAUGACCCUGACGGGGAAGGUUGGCUGGCCGGUUGAUUUUGGUUUGCGAGGCGUUAGGUGCUGGCGGGUGGUGUGUGUGUGUAUGUUGUUGCAUGCGUGCUGCUCAAUUCCUUCGGGGUUCCAUUUCUCAAGGCCCGAAAUGCUUUCUUACUAACUUAUGUUGUGUUUCUUUUUUUCAUUUCAGUGUUCUUCUGUGUAUACAAGAACAGCAGCCGGCCUCAAAUGUCGCAUGUUGCACCCAGGGAUAAAGCAAGCGAAUGGAUGGGAAUUGUAUCGACUCACCCAUCUCCCCUUCAUCCUCAUCCCGUGGGCGACCAGUGUAUAGAGUAAUGGAAUGAGAUACAUUUACAAAGGAAGGG